AUGAUCUAUUCAGUGGAUGACGGUGCGACGUGGGCGUUUUCAAAAGGGUUCACUCCUUAUGAUUGUACUGAGUCUGCUGUUGUUGAGUGGGAAGGGAAGCUAAUUCUGAACAGUCGUCGCGACAACGGUUACCGCAGGGUAUUCGAGUCAUCCGACAUGGGAGAGACGUGGAAAGAAGCACUAGGUACGCUGUCCCACGUCUGGGGUAACUCGCCUUCACGUACUGGUCCUGGAUGCGAAGCUGGCUUCAUUGCUACGACGAUUGAGGGGAAGCCUGUGAUGCUUUUCACUCACCCACUGAAUUUCCAGGGAGCUUAUAAUCGCGACCGACUCCACCUUUGGAUGACAGACAACCAACGCAUUUUUGAUGUUGGUCAAAUUUCGCAUGGGGUUGAGAAAACUCCCUAUAGCUCUCUGCUUUACACCGACGACAAACUGUUCUGCCUGCACGAAAUCAAGACCGAAGAUGAAAUUUACAGCAUCGUUUUAUCAUACCUUGAAAACGAGCUGCAGCUGAUGAAGUCCGUGUUG